AUGUCUGCGAUCUUAAAGAAGCCACUUAAACUCGCUCUGGUGCAACUAGCAACAGGUGCCGACAAACCUGUCAAUCUUGCGCGAGCGCGAUCAAAGGUUCUAGAGGCCGCAAAAGCCGGCGCAUCAUUGAUUGUGUUGCCGGAAUGCUUCAACUCACCCUACGGCACCCAGUACUUCCCCCAUUACGCCGAAACCCUCCUCCCCCUCCCCUCCCACAACUGGAACAGUCGCCAUCAUUCCAUGUCCUAUCAUCCAUCGCGGCGAAAGCCAAGGCCCUAUCUAGUAGGCGGGAGCAUUCCGGAAUACGUCCCCGAAACCAAACAAUACUUCAACACCUCCCUGGUAUUUUCUCCCACGGGAUCUCUCAUCGCCACGCAUCGCAAAACCCACCUCUUCGACAUUGAUAUCCCUGGCAAAAUCAGGUUCAAAGAGAGCGAGGUGCUUUCCGCGGGCAAUAAACUGACCAUUGUCGACCUGCCAGAGUAUGGGAAGAUCGGCCUCGCCAUCUGUUACGACAUCCGAUUCCCAGAGUCGGCGAUGAUCGCAGCUCGGAAUGGGUGCUUCUUGCUCGUGUAUCCGGGCGCGUUCAACACGACGACGGGGCCGCUGCAUUGGUCCCUGCUGGGUCGCGCGAGAGCGGUGGAUAAUGAAGUAUACACGGCGCUCUGCAGCCCGGCUCGUGACAUGAAUGCAUCGUACCAUGCUUGGGGCCAUAGCUUGGUUGCAAAUCCAAGAGGGGAAAUUCUUGUCGAGGGUGCAGAGUCGGAAGACGUCUUGUAUGCAGAUUUGGACCAGGGGGCUAUCGACGAGAUGAGAAAGUCGAUACCAGUUUACGAUCAAAGGAGAUUUGAUGUCUACCCAGACAUAAGCAAGGGCGACGUUAAGUUUGAGGAGUGA